AUGACUAAGCCCGCAGCCGCAGCAGCAGCAUAUAUCACAAUUAACCCAGGAUCUGAAAUCAGUCUAAGAGCAAUUGCAUUGGCCAGAAUUUCAAUUUCCGGCACAGAAAGUUUGUCUGGCUGGCAGUAUGCUGAUGCCAGCAUGACAGUACUCAAUCGCAGGAGACCCACCCUCAGGAGACCCACCCUCAGGAGACCCACCCUCAGGAGACCCACCCUCAGGAGACCCACCCUCAGGAGACCCACACCCUCAGGAGACCCACCCUCAGGAGACCCACCCUCAGGAGACCCACCCUCAGGAGACCCACCCUCAGGAGACCCACCCUCAGGAGACCCACCCUCAGGAGACCCACCCUCAGGAGACCCACCCUCAGGAGACCCACCCUCAGGAGACCCACCCUCAGGAGACCCACCCUCAGGAGACACACCCUCAGGAGACCCACCCUCAGGAGACCCCCCUCAGGAGACCCACCCUCAGGAGACCCACCCUCAGGAGACCCACCCUCAGGAGACCCACCCUCAGGAGACCCACCCUCAGGAGACCCACCCUCAGGAGACCCACCCUCAGGAGACCCACCCUCAGGAGACCCACCCUCAGGAGACCCACCCUCAGGAGACCCACCCACAGGAGACCCACACCUCAGGAGACCCACCCUCAGGAGACCCACCACCUCAGGAGAUGGAGACCCACCCUCAGGAGACCCACCCUCAGGAGACCCACCCUCAGAAAGCUGUAGACUUUUCUUUUCCACCUUUUUCCCUCAUUCUUCCUUAG